UGUGUUUUGUUCCGUGCUUCCCCAACAAAGUGGUAUCAGAGCUUGAUUAUUUUUGGUUGGCUUCUUGUGUUGUUUAUGAUGGAUGACAAAGUAAUUGUUCAAGGAAUGGUUAGUUUGGACUCUACGAAUUAUUCAAUUUGGAAAAUUCGUAUUGAGGAUUAUUUAUGCUCUAAAGAUUUGCUUGACCCAAUUUUGUAUAGAGAACGUCCAACAGGUGUUGAUGAGAAAGCUUGGACUACCUUGAACCGGAAAGCUAUUGCAUCAAUCAGAAAAUAUGUUUCUUUAAGUGUGUUGCAACAUGUUGCUAAUGAAACUAAUGCUUUUGAGAUGUGGAAGAAACUUGAAUCCAUGUACGAGAGGAACAAUGCUAUGGGAAAAGCUUCUUUGAUUAGGAAGCUUGUUAAAUUGCAAUACAAAGAUGGUGAUAGCAUUGUGGUUCACAUGAAUGCGUUUCAAGGUGUGGUAAACCAACUAGCCGGAAUGAAGAUGAAAUUGGAGGAUGAACUUCAAGCUUUGUUGUUGCUUUCCUCAUUGCCCGACAGUUGGGAUACAUUGGUGGUUUCACUUAGCAACUCUGCUCCGGAUGGCAAGAUGACUAUGGAGAUGGUCAAGGCUAGUCUUUUGAAUGAAGAGGCUAGGAGGAAAGAAUCAGGUUACCCUAGCCAAGCUGAAGCAAAUGUGAUUCCAGAAUCUAGCAGGGGGAGAAGCAAGAGCAGAAAUCCUCAUUACAGAGACAAGUCCAGGGGGAGAUCCAAAUCCAGAAAGAGAGAUUUCAUUUGCCAUUAUUGUCAGAAGCCGGGUCACAUUGAGAGAUUCUGCAGAAAGAAGAAGAGAGAUAUGUCCAGGGAGAGAAAAGAUAAAAAUGAGAAUUCCGAGCAGAAGCCAGAAGAGAAGAACAAUACAGCCUUGGAAUCUAGUGAUGAUGAUUUGUUUGUUAUCGGUGAUCAUGGACUAUUAAAUGUAGCUUGUGAUGACUGCACCUGGGUGAUUGAUUCUGGUGCAUCUUAUCAUAUUACUUCACAUAGGGAGUACUUCUCAUCCUAUACUAGUGGUGACUUUGGCCACGUGAGGAUGGGAAAUGAUGGUUCGUCUAAGAUCAUCGGUAUCGGUGAUGUUUGUUUAGAGACUUCCACUGGUUGCAGGUUGGUGCUCAGGGAUGUGAGGCACGUCCCCGAUAUCAGAUUGAGUUUGAUUUCAGCUGGUUUGCUUGAUGAUGAAGGUUAUGCCAACAACUUUUGUGAUGGAAGAUGGAAACUCUCUAGGGGCAGCUUGAUUAUGGCUCGAGGUAAGAAGCAGAAUUCACUUUAUGUUAUGCAGGCCAGA